AUGGGUAAGAAAGGUAAAGGAAAUAAAUUGGCAAAAAUGUCCGAAGAGGAAAGGGCAAGAUAUCUCCAGCUACGGGCUGAUAUUGAGGAAGAGGCUCGUCGCCGUAAAAUGCAACUGAUUUCCAUGUAUAUGAAGAAUAAGCUGAAACGUGAAGAGGCUUUCAGCCGCCUGAAUAUGGCCAAAAUCAAUCAAGAGUGGCGUUCCAUUUUGAGACAGGUCAAAUGUCAGGAGUUGCGCAAAGAAAUUAUUGACAUGGAAAAAUACAGCAAGGACAUGUUGGACCACAAGGACGAUGUCAUACAGCGAUUGCUGCACGACUUAGAAGUGGCCCAUGGCCAACAUGAUACAAGUUCCCAAACCCACAUGGAAAUGUUGCAUCAUUUUAUGAAUAUCCAAGAACAACGCUUGGAUUUCUUCAAGGAGAACUAUGAACGCGAGAGGCAAACAAUGCUCGAACAAUUUAAUGAGGAUUUCAGUAAAAUGCAAAAUUUACGGGAGCGCGCCCAGGAACAACUGGAGAAUGUCUACUAUCAGCUGGAAGAGAAAAAUGAGAAUCAGCGCAAUGAGGCCCACGAGAGAUAUUUGGAGAAAUUGGAUGAUAUAAAGGCAACAAUGCAGCUACGUAUUGAAGAAAUCACCGAAAAGGGCGAACAAAAACUCGAAAAACUAUGGAAAGAAUACCAACAGGCAUUGGCUGAAUAUGUUCAGCAUACCGAAGGAUUCUAUGCUGAUUACAUGGAUCUGAAAGAAAAAGAUGAAGAAUAUACAAAUCAAACUCGAGAAUAUUGCUAUGAGAUAGAAAAGGCCAGCAAUCAGUUGGCCGCUUUGAAACUUACCGUGGCCGAUGCUGAAGAUAAAAGCGAAGUGAAGUUGAAACAUUUAAGAGAUCUCAAAGAAUACAUGAUGACGAAACAUGCGGAACUAAAGGAAAGAAUCGAUGCUGAAUUGCAGGGGAAUCAGGAGAAAUUCAAAACGAUGAGUGUGGAAAGUUAUCAGGCGGUGAAGAACUUAAAAAAUAUCUUCGAAAAAGGCAACACUCUGCUACAAUUGGUGGCUGUUUGUCGUAAAUUCGAAACAGAAAAGGAGAAAGUUUUACCCAUGGGUUUGCCGCCCAUUAGCAAGAUAAUGUUUGAAAAUGAAGCUGAGGAAUAUUCACAAGUACCGGAGGAGCUGAAGUCAGAUAAUUUUUGCAACUGGCAAUUGAUGGAAGAUUUCUGGCGGCGUGUUAACAAUGUUAAAAUAGAUCUGGUUUGUCUGACACAACGCAAGCGGGGCUUGGAAGAAGAAAACGAACGACUGAAAAGGGAAUUGGAGGAACGUUUAAUGAGCCUUAACAUUGCCAACGGCAUUAACACCCAUGUCAACGAUUAUUUGGCCAAGAGGCCAAGCAGUAUGCGAGUUGACCGAGUGGAACGUAUCGAUUUGGAUCAACGCCAAACAUGUCAGUCGGCAGAUGUGAAAAUGGGUCGCCCACCACCACAGCCCCAACACCAGCAGACGCGUUAUUGUCGUCGUCCCCACACCUCUUGUGUUACGGAGGCAAAUCUCACCACCGUUGUACGUUCACGAUUGUUGUCCAAAGGCAAACCGAAACUGGCCAAAAUUGUCGCAAUAAAACAUUGAAAAAUCACAUUGCAAUAAAGCGAUUGAAGCGAAGAGAGGUGGACUCGCAAGGAUGUGUGGCUGACAUAAAGCGAUCAAUAAGCCAAGGAGUGUCCUUGCCACUUUUUUUAUCCAUCAAACAACAGAUGUUGCGGACCUUCUUCUUUGUCGUUUUCUUGUGGCUUCUUUGCUCCACUUUGGUGGCCACCAUAAAAUAUGACACUGCCAAGAGUUUUUCAUAUAAAAAGUAAUAAUUUUCCUGUGUUUUUUUCUUUUCUUUUGUGUUAUUAAGUGAGGUGUGGGGAACAUAAAAUAAAUGUCAGUUGUUGGUUGCUUGAACAAUUGAGUUCCAUUUUUGAUGUGGUCGUCAUUCCAUCAAAUAUGUGUCAAAAAGUAAUAAAAGGAACAAAUAUAUAAAUUUAAUGUCAUCGAAAUUUAUCAUUU